AGUCUGUUGCAGAGCGCAGCAGGGAGGCAGAUUGCACCGUUUGCACCGUUUUUUCCUCACCAAAAUUACAGGAUUUUCCCGGGACUCUGUUUAUCUACAUUUGUUUCGUUUUCUGAGGAUCGAAAAGGAGGAAUAACCUAGAUCGUCUUCUCAUUAUGUUGUAAGCUUAAGCUUUUUGGAUCAGAGACUGGCCUUGGGAAAAAAAAGAAAAGCUCCAUGCGAUAAUCAAUCAAACAAUAACAAUCGUUCUGUUUGGCGGAGGAUGCAGGGUGAGAAGCCAAAAGCAAUGACUCUGGAUGCCCGCCACAUCUCGCUGGUGUGAAUAGGAUGGUUAUUGACGCCGUUUCAACAGCAGUAGAACCGACUGGUGCGCUCUAGCUGCCUGGCACCGAAAAUAAGAAACAUUCAAAAAUCAAGAAAAAUAAAAGGCCUGAUGGAAAUUGGAUUCUGAAUCACGAUUGCCUGUUUUUGGAAGAAAAUCUGGAUUAUAGAAUAAAACUAAUAGGGAGACAGAAGAUAUUGACGGAAUAAAAACAAAUAUAUAGGACUGAGAAAUUGGGAUUUAGGCGCGACAGAAAGUGGUCCUAUUUUCAAAGAUGGUAUUUUCUUCGGGAGACUAGUGUAGCUUGCUGGUAGGCUAUGACAACAAAAUAAUUCAUUUAGGUUUACAAUGUGUCAGUUCAUAUACAUAAUUCUUAGUGGUAAGUCAGCGUAUUAUAUCACACUUACCCCUAACUUCUUCUAGCUUGAUAAAAGACAAUUCCGUCUGAAAUCUGACUCAGCGGUAUUGUAGCCUAGACCUAAAGAACAAUUCGGUCACAUCAUGGUUCUUGCAAUGCGGCAUGGCGCCCAUCUAAUAUGGGUAGGCCUUCUCUUGUGCUGUAUGGUAGACAUGGGGGCAACUAUGGAGUUUACAGGCGCAGAGGGCCAGUGGGCCAGGUUUCCAAUGUGGAAUGCAUGUUGUGAGAGUGAAAUGAGCUUCAACAUGAAAACUAAGAGUUCCCACGGGCUGUUAGUGUACUUCGAUGACGAGGGAUUCUGCGACUUUUUAGAACUCCUAAUACACAACGGUAAACUCAGUCUUCGAUUCUCCAUCUUCUGCGCUGAGCCUGCAACGGUUCUAACCAACACAGCGGUCAAUGACAGCCAGUGGCAUGCUGUGACAAUAUGGAGAAACUUUAAAAACACAACGCUAAUGGUGGACAAUGAAGUGAAGUGGGUCGAAGUGAAGUCGAAAAGAAGGGAUAUGACUGUCUUCAGCCACUUGUUUCUUGGGGGAAUACCACCGGAAUUACGGUCUGUGGCUUUAAGGUUAACAUCAGCUGUGGUCAAGGACCAUGUACCUUUUACCGGAUGGAUAACGGACAUAAAGGUCAACAAUACGGAAUCGGCGCUUUUAAACAGCGCUGGGGUCAUUAACGACCUCUGUGGUGCAGCAGCCAACAUGUGUUUAAAUGGAGGUGUCUGCAAUGUCAUUAACGAUGAACCCACGUGCGACUGCUCGCAGACUGACUACCAGGGCAAAGACUGCAGCGAAGAAGACAACCAUGUUGAAGGUCUGGCGCACUUGAUGAUGGGCGACCAAGGUAAAAGUAAAGGGCGAAGGGAAGGAGAAGGUUGGCUUCGAAGGUCCCUACUGAGCAUUCCAGGAAAAGAAGACUACGUGGCGACCUUCAAGGGAUCCGAGUUCUUCUGCUACGACCUGUCCUUGAACCCGAUCCAGAGCAGCAGCGACGAGAUCACCCUGUCCUUCAAGACGUUACAGAGGAACGGUCUGAUGCUUCACACGGGGAAGUCUGCAGACUACGUCAACCUGGCCCUGAAAAACGGAGCUGUAUCGCUGGUCAUUAAUUUGGGGUCUGGGGCCUUUGAAGCUCUGGUGGAGCCUGUCAAUGGGAAAUUCAAUGACAAUGAUUGGCAUGAUGUCAAAGUUACAAGGAAUCUACGUCAGCACUCAGGCAUUGGACACGCUAUGGUAACUAUAUCCGUGGAUGGGAUACUGACCACCACAGGGUAUACUCAAGAAGACUACACCAUGCUAGGCUCCGACGACUUUUUCUAUGUUGGCGGGAGUCCUAGCACGGCUGACCUGCCUGGAUCACCUGUUAGCAACAACUUUAUGGGUUGCCUGAAAGAGGUUGUGUAUAAAAACAACGACGUGCGACUCGAGCUCUCCAGGAUGGCCAAACAAGGUGAUGCCAAAAUGAAGGUUCACGGCAUUGUGGCUUUUAAAUGCGAGAACGUGGCGACCCUUGACCCCAUCACCUUCGAGACCCCUGGGUCCUUCAUCACGCUCAACAAGUGGAACGCCAAGAAGACGGGCUCCAUCUCCUUCGACUUCCGUACCACAGAGCCUAACGGGCUUCUCCUCUUCAGCCACGGCAAGGCCAAACAGGCUCCCAAGGAUUCCAAGAGCCCCCUGACACUGAAGGUGGACUUCUUUGCCAUCGAGAUGCUGGAUGGCCACUUGUAUCUAUUGCUGGACAUGGGGUCAGGGACCACCAAGACCAGAGCCAUCAACAAGAAGGUCAACGAUGGGGAGUGGUACCACGUAGACUUCCAACGGGACGGACGAUCAGGUACCAUCUCCAUCAACACCCAGCGCCAGGCCUACACAGCCCCAGGAGAGAGUGAGAUCCUGGACCUGGAUGAUAACCUGUACCUGGGAGGACUACCAGAGAAUAAACUAGGCCUGGUCUUCCCCACAGAAGUGUGGACGGCUCUCCUGAACUAUGGCUACGUGGGCUGCAUCCGUGACCUGUUCAUCGAUGGCCAGAGUAAAGAUGUCCGCCGCAUGGCCGAGGUUCAGAAGGCUACCGGAGUCAAACCAUCCUGCUCUAAAGAGCCGCCCAAGCAGUGCCUGUCAAACCCCUGUCAGAAUAACGGUGUCUGCCGGGAGGGAUGGAACCGUUACGUCUGUGACUGCUCAGGGACGGGAUACCUGGGACGCUCCUGUGAGAGGGAUGCGACCAUCCUGAGUUAUGACGGCAGUAAGUUCAUGAAGAUUCAGUUGCCGGUGGUGAUGCACACAGAAGCGGAAGACGUGUCGCUACGGUUCCGUUCUCAACGGGCAUAUGGUGUGCUGAUGGCCACAACGUCACGUGACAGCGCCGACACGCUGCGCCUGGAGCUGGAGACUGGCCGUGUCCGCCUGACGGUCAACCUAGACUGUAUCAAGAUUAACUGUACUACCAGCAAGGGUCCAGAGACCAUAUUUGCUGGUCAGAACCUGAAUGAUAACGAGUGGCACACGGUGCGUGUGUUCAGGAGGGGAAAGAGUUUGAAACUCACCGUAGAUGAUCUUCAACCUGUAGAAGGUCAAAUGGCAGGUGACCACACCCAGUUGGAGUUUCACAACAUUGAGACGGGUAUCGUGACGGAGAAACGAUUCAUGUCCAUGGUGCCUUCCAACUUCAUAGGCCACCUCCAGAGCCUCUCCUUCAACGGCAUGGCCUAUAUAGACCUGUGUAAGAACGGUGACAUUGACUACUGCGAGCUCAACGCCAUGAUCGGCUUCAAGAACAUCAUUGCUGAUCCGGUCACGUUCAAGUCACGGUCGAGCUAUUUGGCUCUGACCACCCUGCAGGCCUACUACUCUAUGCACCUGUUCUUCCAGUUCAAGACCACCUCGUCAGAUGGACUCAUACUGUUCAACAGCGGGGACGGAAACGACUUCAUCGUGGUUGAGCUGGUCAAGGGCUACCUGCACUACGUAUCAGACCUGGGGAACGGAGCUCACCUGAUCAAGGGCAACUCCAACAAGCCCCUGAAUGACAACCACUGGCACAACGUCAUGAUCUCACGAGACACUAACAACCUCCACACCGUCAAGAUCGACACCAAGAUCACCACCCAGACCACCAUGGGAGCCAAGAACCUGGACCUGAAGGGUGACCUGUAUAUUGGUGGCGUGGCCAAAGAGACGUACAAGGAGCUUCCCAAGCUGGUGCACGCCAAGGAGGGCUUCCAGGGUUGCCUAGCAUCGGUGGACCUGAACGGACGCCUCCCGGACCUGAUGUCGGACGCCCUGGCAUGUGUGGGCCAGAUAGAGAGAGGCUGCGAAGGCCCCAGUACAACGUGCCAGGAGGACUCGUGUGCAAACCAGGGUGUGUGUCUGCAGCAGUGGGAGGGGUUCAGCUGUGAUUGUAGCAUGACUUCUUUCGGAGGGCCACUCUGCAACGACGCUGGAACUACGUAUAUAUUUGGGCGUGACGGCGGUCUGAUCACGUAUACAUGGCCUCCCAAUGACAGGCCCAGCACGCGGGCAGACAGGCUGGCCAUAGGCUUCAGCACACAGCUGAAAGAUGCUGUUCUGGUGAGGGUGGAUAGCUCCUCUGGCCUUGGAGACUACCUGAAGCUACACAUUGAAAAAGGAAACAUUGCAGUUAUAUUUAAUGUCGGAACGGACGACAUAAAUAUCGAGGAGACAGCAAAGUUUGUAAAUGAUGGAAAGUACCAUAUAGUGAAGUUUACGCGGAGUGGCGGUAACGCCACACUACAGGUGGAUGACCUACCUGUCAUAGAGCGCUAUCCCACAGGCAACAAUGAUAACGAACGCCUGGCGAUUGCUAGACAGCGAAUCCCAUAUCGACUUGGUCGAGUAGUUGACGAAUGGCUACUCGACAAAGGUCGGCAGCUCACUAUCUUCAACAGCCAGACCACCAUACAGAUAGGUGGCUGGGACCGGGACAGGAGUCGCCCGUUUCAGGGCCAGCUCUCAGGUCUCUACUAUAACGGGCUGAAGGUGUUCAACAUGGCCACAGAAGGAGAUCGUAACAUCCGCAUCCAGGGCAGCGUGAGGCUGGUGGGGGAGUCACCCUCGUCCAUCACGCCACAGUCGAGUGCCAACACAGCCAACCGGUCGGAGACGUCCACAUCCAUUAUGGAGAUCACCACGACGACAGCGUCCAGUAGGAGGGUGAAGCAGACGACGCCACGAGAACCUCAACAGACGACGGACGAUCUGCUGGUGGCAUCUGCGGAGUGUCCGAGCGAUGACGAGGACAUUGAUCCCUGUGAGCCGAGCUCAGGUGGGUUAGCUAACCCAACAGGUCCGACGGUGAAGGGCUACCCUGGUCCAUCGGAGGGUGUGUUCCGUGAGUCCAGCAGUACCACGGGGAUGGUGGUUGGAAUCAUAGCGGCAGCCGCCCUCUGUAUCCUCAUCCUGCUCUAUGCCAUGUACAAAUACCGCAACCGGGACGAGGGUUCUUACCAUGUAGACGAGAGCCGUAACUACAUCAGUAACACAUCGCAGUCCAACGGGACGGUGGUGAAGGAGAAACCGCCAAACGCCGCCAAGACUUCCUCUAAGAGCAAGAAGAAUAAAGACAAGGAGUACUAUGUGUGAUCCUUACUGUCUCUGGUCUUCACCACUGGCCCCUCGCAAAGAUUGGACCAAUUAUUCAAACUUUUUAUGACUCAAAAAGACGAAUCCGGAGAUCGGAAGACCAAUAAAAAGUGUAUAAUAACGAACAAACAAAAUUAAACAAAAACAACAAAAGAACAUUUAGUCUUUCAUUUUAUCUAAGACAUGGUGAGUGGCGGUAUACUGGAAAGUGAAAAGGAGUAAAAAACAAAACAUCUUCCUUUAGAUUCUUCUACCCAAGCACACUGGACUGUAAGAAAUAGCACCAGGGAGAUGGCGGUACUGUACUGGACUAUACUAAUGAUAAGAAAGGGUGUCUCAACCUUAUGGCAAGCUGCAGAAUAAUCAGAUAAUCAACUGAAGUACCUAUACAUCAUGGAUCAACAAACAAACUAACCAAUUAACGCCAUCUGUGACUUGUUCUGUUUAUUACCAGGAUAUUGGUUGGCCAAUAUCUCACUCUCGAAGUUUGAGUUAAAUGUGAGAGGAGAGAUAUACAAUUGAGAAAUAUACAAUAUUACAACAACAAACUCCAAUGUUUUCAUGUUAUCAUUUACAUAUCCUGUCUUUGUGUUUGCUGGGAUCUUUAGGAGAAAAUACAUAAAACACGAAGCGCAUUAAUAAGGUACAUAAAGAAAACCCAACUCCAAACAUUUCCAACAAUGGAUGACGAGUGAAAGAAAAGAAACGAGAUCAUGGGGAAGGCAAGGCAACAGUGAAGAAGGAAGUGAAAGGAUAAAGAUGGUACGUUUGUUUGAGGAAUCAGCCAAAGUAUUUGCACUUUUUAUAGUGUCAGUAAUGGCCCAGAACAGACUAAUAUAAAACAUGGCCACCCGAUCUGUUAACAGUGCAAAGACAAAAGGGCCUACGAUUCAUCUUGAUCUUGAGAGACUUAUGUCAAGUUCUAUUCAAGAUUCAUCUUUGCCAGUUAAGAAUUGUGGACGACUUGGUUUUCGACAUCAGUGUGGAAUCUAAGGCAAUGUGUUUAACAGAAUUGUGGAAGGAGACGUCAGAACGUUGUGAACGCGGUCAUUCUGAUCCUGGAACUCCAUGCACGCAAAACGUAUCUUACUCCAGUUCCAGUACAUAUGUUUAUAUACAGUACAACCACAUCUAUAUGUGCUUUCUGGACUGUGACAAAGUGGUGUUUUAUAGCCUGUUGUAUAGAUGACCACGCAAACUAUAUCUGCUCCUCCUCCAACCAUUUUUGGAAUAAAAAAAUAAGAAAAUGACAAAAAUACUAAAUUAAAUGUUAUUAAGUGUUGCUAGAUAUAGAAGAUUUUACGAUGACAUCGAUCCGCAAUGCCAUUUUUGGGGGGGAUUAUUUCAUUAUUCAUUCCGCCUUUAUACAUGUGUUCCUGUUGAGUUUUUAUACAAAUGCCAACCUGAUCUAAUAGAUAUAUUAACCCGGCCCAGUAGUAACCUGACUUGGUCCUCAAACUCUACCAUUCAAUGAUAAUAGUGUACAUCAAAGGCAUGAUGAUGACAUGCAGGAUGAGGUAACGUCUCCAGGGUUUCACUGCCUUUCUCCCCAUUCCCGCCCCCUCCCAAUUGCUGGGGCAAUAACAGUAACAGACUGCCUUCCUCCCGAUACCUGCCCGCCAAACUAAACCUAGCUACUUGAGAAUGAAGACCUAUAUUCCGAAUGAUGAUGAUGUAUGUGUUUCCAAGCGGUCCUAUAAUAUGAUUGUCCAGUGUACGCUUGGGCUGACGGAAACAAUCUGAAGAAGAAAUAAGACAAAGAAGCAACCAUUUCAACCGUUUGUGUGUUUGUACUGUCAUUCUAAUGUCAAUUCUAUUCUGCUUUCCUGACGACCUGAUGUACUUGGAAUGAGUAUGAGGAGAACUACUAUGACCUAUAAAUAAUGAUGAUUAUGAA